AAUACGCUUUACUUUGAAACUUUGUUUACGGAGAAGCUGCAACAGCGCUGGUUCCCAAGAAGUUUGCAUCCAGUUUAUAGGAAGACAAAAACACGAACCGGCCUCCGUGAACCAUCACGGACUCGACACAUACCACCGGAUUAGACGAGAAAAGAGAAAAGAAAUUCCUCGGACAAGAUGGACGAGAUUCUCUUAAUCAGACUUCGAAUCACCAGUGAAAAAAUUGGUGCUGAAUUGGAAACAAUACCCAGUACGGUUCGGUCAGAAAACAUAGGACAGGCUCAGGUCGUCUAUAACAGACUGCAAGCUGCAGUGAAUAGGCUCAACGCUAAUUUAUCAGAAUACUUUCGUUUAGCUACAACUCCUGCAUCAGAUGAAAUUUUCUUGAUUAGUGGCCAGCAGCUUUUAGCAGAAGAGACUUUAGCAGAACUCAAGGCGAAGAUCGACCAAGUCACCGUAUCCCGUGAGACCCAGGAAAAGCCGCCUGAAGUGAAUUCCUCUUGUCGACUACCGAAACUCCAACUACAGGUUUAUAACGGGGAUGUGCUUUCCUGGUGCGAAUUUUGGGAUAGUUUUAGCAGCAAUAUCGACUCAAGAAACUUACCUGAUGUAGACAAGCUGUCUUAUCUUAAAACUUCAGUGACGGGUGAUGCUAAGAAAGCUAUUGAUGGCCUGCCUACCACUAACGGAAACUAUAAGAUAGCGGUCACUCUACUAAAGGAACGUUUUGGCAAGAAAGCUCAUCUGAUUGAUGCCCACUAUGCUACAUUAUACAAAAUCGAAGCGGCAAAAAGCAGCGCAGAAGAUUGUAGAAGAACUUUCAACGAGGUGGAGCGCAAUCUUAAAAUCCUAGAGUCUCUUGGCGAAAACACCAACCACAACCAUCUUCGUUUCAUGAUUUUGGAGAAAUUUCCUUCGGAUUUAAUAUACGAAAUAAAGUUGAAAAUUCAGAAUGAGUCCACACAAGAACUCCGGGAACAAUUGAAUAAAAUUAUCACUGCAAAGGAAGAUGCAGAGAGAAUUGCUGGAAGGAAACGAUCACAUGAGGUAGAUGACAGCACUGUCGGUACCCUGCAUGUGAACGCAAAGCGUGCGAAGAGAAUGCAUCAUUUCCAACAGGGAAAUAAUACCUCAAAUACUCAACAUUAUCAAGGAAGUAUUAAUAGAAAAGGACUAAAUAGAAAAGGAAAAUUUCAAAGGGCCAAUGAACCCAAAAAAGGAAGCAAACCGAGCGUAUCUAAUGUUGCAACAUCUGCUAACAGAUCUGCAACUGUUAACCCAAAGGAAAAAGGGAAAAUCUUAGGUUGUAUAUUCUGCAACGGCAAACACCGCAAUUAUACGUGCCAGGACGCUUCUACUUUAGAGGAAAGAAAGAAGCGGUUGACCGGAAGAUGCUUUAUAUGCUUUAGGAAGAAUCAUCUUGUAAAGGACUGUAAGGAAAACUGGACUUGUAGACUUUGCCCAGGAAAGGAAAGGCACAACAUGGCCUUAUGCCCUUCAAAUUUUCCAAAGGAUCCCAAAACAAAGAAACAGUCUUGACUAUUUCAGAAAGAGGAAUCACCACUCUACAGACAGCUGUUGUUUAUGCUAACCCCUUAGGUGAUAAGAAUAAUGUAUUGUGUAAAUACCGUUUAAUUUUAGACCCAGGGUCUCAACGUUCUUAUGUCACAUUUCAAGCGGCCAAGGAGUUGAAGCUUCCAGUCGAAGAAGAAAGUCUCUUGACAAUUUUCA